AUGGCGGCGUUGAGCAGGGCAGCCAUGGUGCUGACCAUGAUGGGCCUCGCUGCCACUUCAGCCCUUUCACAGCCGUCGCUGAUCUCCAUGACCACCGACGUGCCCCUUCCCGACGGCCUGUCCUACGACUUCCACGCCCUGUCCUGCAACAACCUGCAGAACAUGGUGCGCGAAGCCGUGCAGGGAGCGAUGGCAAGGGAUGCCGGCGUCGUCCCCGGCCUCCUCCGCCUCUUCUUCCAUGACUGCUUCCCUCAGGGUUGCGACGCAUCGAUCCUCCUGACGGGAGGCAACAGUGAGCAGAACAUGCCCCAGAACGGUGGGCUUCGGAGGAGUAUGCUCGACCUCAUCGAGAGCAUCCGUGCAACCGUGCACCGCGCCUGUGGGCCUACCGUGUCCUGCGCGGACAUCACCAGCCUCGCAACCAAGGAGGCCGUCAUGCAGUCCAGGCUGCCGGGCUAUGAUGUGCCGCUUGGCCGGCGGGACAGCCUCGCGCCCGCUACGGCCCAGCAAGUCGGGAUCCUGCCCGGACCCGACUUCAACGUCCAGCAGCUCGUGAGAAACUUCGCCGACCGCGGGUUUGACAAGAUGGACCUUGUCGCGCUCUCUGGUGCGCACACCGUCGGCAAGGCGAGCUGCGGCAGUUUCAGGAACCGCGCUGGGGAGAACGCUGACUUCGUCCGCAUGCUCCAACAAGUCUGCGCCAGAAACCCUGGCCACUUGCAGGACCUCGACGUGACCACCCCUAACACGUUCGACAAUAGGUACUUCAACAAUCUCCAGAUGGGGAGGGGAGUGCUCAACUCCGACAUGGCGCUCACCCACGACGGCGAGACCAAGAACUGGGUCAACAACUUCGCCGGGAACCAGGGUUGGUUCUUUAGCCAGUUCAGCACCUCCAUGAGGAAGCUCGCGCAUUUGCCAGGCGGAAACAUCGGCGAGAUCCGCAACAAUUGCUUCAGGCGCAAUGGGAAUGGAGAGUCUGUCUUCCUCGCCGCUGAGGUUUUUGCGGCCUUUGCUUGA